AUGCCUGUUAUGAGAUCUCACUUGGUCGUACUUCUGGUCGUUGUUGGCGUCGCGCGGUGCUUGCAGACGCAGACCAGUGCCGAUAUCCAGAGCCAAAUCGAGGCGAAUGAGAACGACCAAAAGGCAUUAAACACCAUACAUGCUCGUGCCUGGGUCGAUUCUCCAUCUGUUCGAGGGACCACCGACAUUUUGUGGACUUGUAUCAUCACCCUGACCAGUUGCGUUUAUACGGUCCUUCAUCUGAAUAUCAGGCACUCUUCGACGUGGAACAAAUUGCAAUGGGUUGCCAUAACCUUAUUCAUACCCGAAUUCAUCCUCUUGCUUGCCUCCAGGCAGUUCAUCGAAGCAUUCUUGCUCAAACGGAAGCUCAACCUCUUGCUGUCAGAGCAGGCCUGUAACAGCACCAGCACUCCCAAAUCCUACGACCUGAAGACCUGCUUCUUCGCGGUGAUGGGAGGCUUCGAAGCUCCAAUUGCCGACAUAGAGCCAGGAACGGGAGUUAUACGAGACAAUGACUACAAUUGGCCACUGAAUUUGACGCUAUCAGCAACAGGCAUCCUUGAACUGGCAAGACUUGGUUAUUUCAUCGAAGUCGAUACGGCAAGCCUGGAAGAUCGAAGCAAAGCAACCCUGUUACAAAAGUUCCUCGUGUCAACCCAAGUAAUAUGGAUGGCGAUACAGUGCAUUGUAAAGAAGAGACUUGGGUUGCCAAUAGCGUUGCUCGAAAUCCAUGUGAUGGUACAUGUGGUUUUCGCUCUGCUGCUCUAUGGAUUCUGGUUUUACAAACCCUUAGAUAUCGAGUGGACGCAAACUAUCACAGUGGAAAGCGAAGAGAUCAAGAAUGCCCUUGCUUUCAUGAUUCAGUGCCAGUUCUGCCACUUGCAGAACGAGACUGCAAUUCUGUAUCCUGACCGAGGAGAUGACCGGCCCAUGGUUCCGAGGAUAGUGGCCAAGAGGAGCUUUGGAAAACAAGACCCUCGAAGUAGUCGAUGUGAGGUCGCCACCGACCAACAAGGUGAACACCUACCUGUUCAAUGGAUCACUCCGACAGCGGAUGACGUUCGCAUUAGUGAAGGCCAGGCUUUGUCCUGUGGAGUAGGUUACCUCCAUAUAGGUCUUGUCUUGGGGCGUGAAAAGAGUCGACUCGCGGAGGAGAGAAGCAUUCUUCUCAAUGCUUCAGACAUAACGAGGACUGAAAGAGCCACUUACAGUCAAUGUUUUGUGUUAGGGGGCAACAUACGCGAGACUCUUUCGAUAUUCCAAGAUAGUUUCAGUCACCCCGCAGAUGGUGGCGCCGAUGAAGGAAUGGGGUCAACCACAGAGGUUUUCCGCUUCAUUCUCUCCGUUAUCGGCGAGGAGCUCACUUGGUAUAAUUUGCUAAGAACCGGUAUUUUUCCUAUAAUCUACGGAGGUAUCCAUCUUUCGGCAUGGAACUAUGACUUUGCCUCGCGACAAGAAGAGAUCAUGUGGAAGGUAUCCUGUCUGAUCAUCGUCGGGUUUAUACCUUGGGUGGGGCUUUAUUUCUUGUUCUUUGCAUAUGUUGGAAGGCCAUUGCGGGUUUACAUCGACCCUGACUUACUUGCGGAAGAAGUUCAGAAAUCACCCUUGUCAGUAGGCUCUCGCAUGGCGGGGAUUUGCAUUCUGGGGUUUACAGUUUCGUUGUUUGCUGCAGUUCACUUUUUUGCCCGAGUUUUCAUCGUUGUUGAGGCUUUCAUUAGUCUUAGGCAGGUCCCUAUCGGUGUCUACUCGAUGCCGUCUUGGAUUCAAAUGAUUCCUCACCUUUGA